AUGCGACGCACCGGGAAGGUGCUGUCGCUUGGCGCCGACGUUCUGCCCGAGUACAAGCUACAAACCCCCCGCAUGGACAAGUGGACCAUCCUGCACUACAGCCCCUUCAAGGCGGUGUGGGACUGGCUCAUCCUGCUGCUGGUCAUCUACACGGCCAUCUUCACGCCGUACUCGGCCGCCUUCCUGCUCAACGACCUGGAGGAGCAGCGGCGGCGCGAGUGCGGCUACUCGUGCUCGCCGCUCAACGUGGUGGACCUCAUGGUGGACAUCAUGUUCAUCGUGGACAUCCUCAUCAACUUCCGCACCACCUACGUCAACCACAACGACGAGGUGGUGAGCCACCCGGCGCGCAUCGCCAUCCACUACUUCAAGGGCUGGUUCCUCAUCGACAUGGUGGCGGCCAUCCCCUUCGACCUGCUCAUCUUCGGCUCGGGCUCCGACGAGACCACCACGCUCAUCGGGCUUCUGAAGACAGCUCGUCUCCUACGGCUGGUGCGGGUGGCCCGCAAGCUGGACCGCUACUCCGAGUAUGGCGCGGCAGUGCUCAUGCUGCUCAUGUGCAUCUUUGCGCUCAUCGCCCAUUGGCUGGCCUGCAUCUGGUACGCCAUCGGCAACGUGGAGAAGCCCUAUCUGGAGCACAAGAUUGGCUGGCUGGACAACCUGGGCGUGUCCAUAGGAAAGAAGUACAACUACAGCGACCCCAGCUCGGGCCCGUCCAUCAAGGACAAGUACGUGACGGCGCUCUACUUCACCUUCAGCAGCCUGACCAGCGUGGGCUUCGGGAACGUCUCCCCCAACACCAACUCCGAGAAAAUCUUCUCCAUCUGCGUCAUGCUCAUCGGAUCCCUGAUGUACGCCAGCAUCUUCGGGAACGUGUCGGCCAUCAUCCAGCGGCUGUACUCGGGCACGGCACGCUACCACCUGCAGAUGCUGCGGGUGAAGGAGUUCAUCCGCUUCCAUCAGAUCCCCAACCCGCUGCGGCAGCGGCUGGAGGAGUACUUCCAGCACGCCUGGAACUACACCAACGGCAUCGACAUGAACAUGGUCCUGAAGGGCUUCCCCGAGUGCCUGCAGGCGGACAUCUGCCUCCAUCUGAACAAGAACCUCCUGCAGGGCUGCAAGGCCUUCCAGGGCGCCACCAAGGGCUGCCUGCGGGCGCUGGCCAUGCGCUUCAAGACCACGCACGCGCCACCCAGCGACACGCUGGUGCACAGCGGCGACGUGCUCACCUCCCUCUACUUCCUGUCGCGGGGCUCCAUCGAGAUCCUCAAGGAUGACAUCGUGGUGGCCAUCUUGGCUCGGGUCAACGAGGAAGCCACUGGCAAGAACGACAUCUUCGGCGAAAUGAUCCACCUGUACUCCAAGCCGGGCAAGUCCAACGCGGACGUACGUGCCCUCAGCUACUGCGACAUCCACACCAUCCAGCGUGAGGAGAUCCUUGAGGUGCUGGACAUGUACCCCGAGUUCGCCGACCACUUCUUCGCCAACCUGGAGCUAACCUUUGACCUGCGUGACGACAGCGGCAAGGCCUGCGAGUCCGAUGACGGAGACGUCACCCAGGGUCGACGACCUUUGUCCUGCCGGAGAAAAUCCUCCACAGUGCGCCAAAACCACGAGCUGGGCCGGGCUCUCUGCGAGGCCAGGCGUGAGAAGGAGCUCAUGGCGGCGGCGGCGGCCCGCGGAGCCCCGCCCUCUCCCGCCCCCACGGUGAGACAGCGGCGGGAGAAGCCGUCCAAUGAGGAGGGAGAGGAGGAGGAGACGGAGGAGGACGAGGAGGGGAGGGUGGAGGAGGAGGAGCAGAGGCCCCUGUGCUCCGGGGUGGCCGGGUACCCCAACGUCCGGGACCACGCCCUCGGCCACGGGCUGGGCGAGGGCGCGGACGCCCAGGCGAGUGACGGCCUGCAGAUCCCGCCCUACAAAGAGCUGGGGGCUGAGGACUGGGAGUGCCGGCGGUCCAGGGAGGGCGUGGCCAGGUGUGCCCAGGGUCAGGAGCCCCCCGCUGGGGAGGAGGACAGCGACACAGACCUCACCUACGGAGAGGUGGAGCAUCGCCUGGACCUGCUGCAGGAGCACCUCAACAGACUGGAGUCCCAGAUGACGUCGGACAUCCAGGCCAUCCUCCACCUCUUGCAGAGGCAGACUCCCCCCGGACCCCCUGCCUACAGCACGGUCACCUGCAGCGGAGAGUACCAGGACCCCGCUCUGCUGAUGAUCCAGCAGCCCACCUCCACGGACCCCAGGCCCGCCACCUCCCCCCCGCCAGGUCCCGCCCACACCCAGGAGCCAGGCCAGGCCGGACAGGAGGCGGACUUGGAGGCGGAGCUUGAGGAGGCAGAGCUCAGCCAGGGCAGCGGGGACUCAAAAGAGCUGCACCCCCCUCACCCCCACGACCCCACCCUACCCCCAACGCCACCGCCGCCCCACCCCAGGCCCAUAGGGGCCGCCGAGAGGCAGGCCUCGCUGCCCGACGUGCAGCCCAGUAGCACGGAGAUGUUGGGACUUCACAGGCCAGUGUCCGACCCUGGGAUCCCAGGGAAGUAG